CCCUUAAACUGCUUCCGGUUUUUGUAACGUGGCCGAAACCGGAUCUUUCCUGGAAAAAAUGAAUUUCUGAAUUACAUCUCUUCGUCCAGUUGAUGUUGGUAAUACACCAAGUUUGUAAACCGCCAGUAAACGCUAUWGAAGAAGAAGAAGAUCUUCCGUGGAUCCGCUGUUACUCCGCUGUGCUUCCGGAAGCACAACAACGCUUCCAGCUGUUGUUGUACGGGCUUGAAGCGUUUAUGUGGCGGUAACUUUUACUUUCGGUAACGCAGUAAUGUUUUUAAAUGAAGACAUGAACAAAGGUUGGUGUCUCGAUAGGCUCUUUGUCGCUGUAGCUGUAUCCUCGACAUAAUUGUUUUAGCUCGUCUUGAGGUGGGCUGGAGCUGCUGUGUAGUUGGUUCUCUGUACACAUGGACAAAAUGCUGCUUUUGCUGCUGCUGUGCUACCUGUCACUGUCUGCUCGGGGUCAGGAGGCAGACGACGACUGGCUGGAUCCUUACGACAUGCUCAACUACGAUUCUAGCACCAAAACGAUGAAGAAACUUCCCGAGCCAACAACCUUUACCAAUGUGGUCACCAAAAGAAGAGAGUACGUCCAGGACCAGAACCAGGCUGAGCUGACAACCUGUAAUGAGCAGAUGGAGGAUCUKCAGAGACAAAUUGAGGACCAGACGAAGGAGAUGGCACGGAUGUCACAACAGCCUACCUGYAACCCAGUGUUCAAGCGGUUCCUCAGCAGGCUGUUGAAGGAAAUACAAAGACUCGGUGUGCCAACUGACUCGUCGGAUGUCUUCUAUGAUGCCAAAAUCAAGCUGUCCAAACAAGCCACGACUGAAAUUGAGUCACUUCUGGAGGGCGAGGAUCGAUGGAGAACGGGAGCUCUGGACAAUGCACUCAGUCAGAUUUUGGUGGACUUUAAACAACAUGAUUAUGAGGCUUGGAAGUGGCGUUUUGAAGACUCUUUCGGUGUGGAGCUGGAUACAGUAUUAAAG